AUGGCUGCGCUUGAGCUACACAAACCGGAGAUCGACGAAGACGAAGACGAAUCUCCGGUGGAGCAGGUUCGUCUCACUGUGACUAACGACGAUGAUCCUUCUCUGCCGGUGUGGACGUUUCGGAUGUGGUUCCUAGGGCUCAUCUCUUGUGUGCUGCUCUCGUUUCUCAACACUUUCUUCAGUUACAGAACUCAGCCACUGAUGAUCUCCAUGAUCUCCGUUCAAGUGGUCACGCUGCCUCUCGGGAAGCUCAUGGCUCGGAUUUUGCCAGAGACCAAGUAUCGGAUCGGGUCGUGGGAGUUCUCGUUAAACCCGGGUCCGUUUAACGUAAAGGAACACGUGUUGAUCUCCAUGUUUGCCAAUGCUGGUGCUGGUUUCGGAUCCGGUACUGCUUAUGCUGUUGGUAUCGUUGAUAUCAUCAUGGCCUUUUACAAACGGAAGAUUAGUUUCUUGGCUAGUUGGAUCCUUGUCAUCACUACACAGAUUCUCGGAUAUGGUUGGGCUGGUAUCAUGAGAAAGUUCGUGGUGGAUCCUGCACAGAUGUGGUGGCCUACGAGUGUUCUUCAAGUCUCUCUGUUUCGUGCUCUUCAUGAGAAGGACAAGGCCAGAAUGUCACGAGGAAAGUUCUUUGUGAUUGCGUUUGUUUGUAGCUUCGCGUGGUACAUUUUCCCGGCCUACUUGUUCUUGACGUUAUCGUCAAUAUCUUGGGUUUGCUGGGCGUUUCCUAAGUCGAUCACAGCUCAGCAAAUAGGCUCUGGAAUGUCAGGGCUUGGAGUUGGUUCGUUCGCGCUUGAUUGGUCUGUGAUAGCUGCUUACCUCGGAAGCCCUCUCGUGACUCCUUUCUUUGCUAUCGUCAAUGUCGCGGUUGGUUACGUUCUCGUCAUGUAUCUGGUCGUCCCAGUAACGUACUGGGGCAUGAACGUGUACCAAGCAGACAAGUUCCCGAUUUUCUCCUCUGAUCUGUUUGAUUCACGAGGGCAGCUCUACAACAUCUCCACCAUUGUCAACAGCAAGUUUGAAUUGGACUUGGAGAAGUAUGACCAAGAAGGCCGUGUUUACCUAAGCACGUUCUUCGCCAUCACUUACGGGAUUGGUUUCGCAGCUAUCGUUUCCACACUCACUCACGUUGCUCUCUUCAAUGGAAAGGGGAUUUGGCAACAAGUACGAGCUUCGGCGUCUGCCAAAGUGGACAUACACACAAGGCUGAUGAGGAAGUACAAGGACAUACCAAGCUGGUGGUUUUAUAGUCUGCUCUGUGUCUCAUUGGCACUAGCUCUUGUUCUCUGCACUGUCAUGAAAGAUGAGAUCCAAAUGCCAUGGUGGGGCCUCCUUCUAGCAUCAUUUAUGGCCUUAAUCUUCACUGUUCCAGUCAGCAUUAUCACAGCUACUACUAAUCAGACUCCAGGUUUGAACAUCAUCACAGAGUAUCUAAUGGGUGUGUUGUUACCUGGGAGACCAAUAGCUAACGUAUGCUUCAAGACUUAUGGGUACAUAAGCAUGUCACAAGCUAUUUCAUUCCUUAACGACUUCAAGCUAGGGCAUUACAUGAAAAUACCUCCAAGGUCGAUGUUCUUGGUCCAGUUCAUAGGAACACUGAUAGCAGGAACAGUGAAUAUAUCAGUAGCAUGGUUCUUGCUUACAUCAGUAGAGAACAUAUGCCAGAAAGAGUUGCUUCCUCAAAACAGUCCAUGGACAUGUCCAAGCGACAGAGUCUUCUUCGACGCAUCAGUGAUUUGGGGAUUAGUAGGGCCCAUGAGAAUAUUCGGUCGGCUAGGGAACUACCCUGCACUGAACUGGUUCUUCUUAGGUGGACUAAUAGGACCUUUCGUUGUAUGGCUUCUCCAAAAGGCCUUUCCGACGAAAACAUGGAUCUCUCUGAUCAAUCUCCCUGUUCUGCUGGGGACAACAGCUGUGAUGCCGCCAGCGACGAGCGUGAACUUCAACUGCUGGAUCACGGUUGGUGUAGUGUUCAACUACUUUGUGUUCAAGUACCGCAAGAAGUGGUGGCAGAGGUAUAACUACGUGCUGUCGGCGGCGUUGGACGCGGGAUUGGCGUUCAUGGGAGUGCUGAUAUACUUUAGUUUGACGAUGAAUGAGAUAUCAAUAGAUCAUUGGUGGGGUGCGAGUGGUGAGAACUGUCCUCUUGCUUCUUGUCCUACUGCUCCUGGUAUUCAUGUUGAUGGCUGUCCUGUUUUUUAA